CUUAUUUCAUCGUCCACUGAUUUAUCGUUUUUGUCCCUCUUUUUCCUCACUUUAUUCUUUCUCCCCGCUCUUCGCUUACGAAUUAUACCACCACGACGUUGCCGAUUCCAAUAUGAGAACAAUUUCGUUGCAAGAGGUUGCUCAGCACAACAAAAAAGACGAUGCCUGGGUCAUUCUCCAUGGAAGAGUAUAUGACCUUACCAGUUUUCUCCCAGACCAUCCUGGAGGUCAAAAAAUCAUAAUGAAAUAUGCCGGAAAAGAUGGAACAAAAGCUUUCGAGCCCAUCCAUCCCCCUGACAUCAUUGAUCGCUAUCUAAGUGCUGAUGUGUGCGUUGGUCAUGUUGUUGCUCCGGCCGCAGGAGAAGAACAGCAAGAAGAAGAGGCCGAAGACGACAAACGAUUACGGCUUGCCCGUGAGAAAAUGCCCCGCCUCGACGAAAUGUAUAAUGCAUUUGACUUUGAAUCGGUUGCGAAGACGAUUCUCAAGACAGAUGCAUGGUAUUAUUUUUCAUCCGGCGCAGACGACGAAGUAUCCAUGCGUGAGAACCACAAUGCUUUCCAUCGCGUAUGGCUCCGCCCUCGUGUCAUGGUAGAUGUAGCAAAAAUCGACAUGAAUACUACCAUGCUCGGCGACAAAGUCUCGAUGCCGCUUUACCUUUCAGCCACUGCCUUGGGUAAAAUGGCCCAUCCAGACGGUGAGAAAGUACUAGCCCGAGCGGCCGGCAAGUGCGGAGUGAUUCAGAUGAUCCCGACCUUUGCUUCCUGCAGUAUGGAUGAGAUUGUCAAUGCGCGCAUCCAGCCUAAUCAGUCACAGUGGCUCCAGCUAUAUGUCAACCCUAACCGAGAAAUGUCGCGGCGAAUCAUUGAACAGGCCGAAGCCAAGGGUGUUAAAGGACUGUUUAUUACGGUGGAUACUGCUACUGUUGGACGACGUGAGAAGGAUUUACGUCAAAAGUAUACGCACGAAGGACCCAGUGACAUGCAGGAUGGUGAUCUGGACCGUUCGGGUGGCACUGCAAAAUCCAUGAGCUCACUUGUGGAUAUGUCUUUGAAUUGGUCAGAUAUUGCUUGGUUCAGAUCACUCACCAACAUGCCCAUCGUCCUCAAAGGAAUUCAGACCGGUGAAGAUGCAGUAUUGGCCGCACGACACAAGGUUGCAGGCAUCGUAAUAUCCAACCACGGUGGUCGGCAGCUGGAUUUCGCGCCAUCCCCUAUAGAAAUCUUGCCCGAAGUGAUGGAUGCUUUAAAAAGGGAACGACUAGAAAAUGACAUAGAAGUUUAUAUUGAUGGUGGUAUUCGACGUGGCAGUGAUAUUUUCAAAGCUAUCGCUUUGGGGGCGAAAGCUGUAGGCAUAGGCAGACCAUACUUGUAUGCCAUGGCAUGUUACGGUGAAAAGGGUGUAGAGCGUUUGUUGGAUUUGUACCAGAAUGAAUUGGAAAUGUGUAUGCGUUUGAUGGGCACACCUACACUUGCACAUAUAAAACCAGAAAUGGUAGAUAUCCGAAAUUUGAAGGAUCACUUUGUUGCUAAUCCAACGGAUUAUUUGGCUAAGCAUGCGUAUGAAAGAAUGCAACCUCGAGGGAAUUUUUCCAAAUUGUAAAUAAAAAAGAAAGUCAUUAUAUAAUGUUGAAAGCAACUUUUGAUCUACAUCAGAGUAGCUGUAACAGAG